UAAACAGUCCUCCUCCCGCUGGAGUUCAUGGCAGCGUCUCCCCCUGAAAAGGGAGCGUUUCAAGGGUGAGCGCCUCCGGUGUGUGUGCGCCCGUGUGCCCGCCUUCCGUGCGCCCGCCUUCCCGUGUGCGCGCCUGUCGCUGUCAUCACGGACAUUCCCCCGCUGUCACUCCGCUGCUCUCUGCUCCGCACGCACGCUCCCCUCCCCGCCUGCCCCUCUCCGCGGCUCCCGAGACCCGGCUGCCCGCCCGCCGUGGGAGACGGCCUCAGGCGUUCCUUCCUCCCGCCGGGGCUCUGCGUGCCAGGUCCUACUGGGGGAUCAGGCUGGUGCCGCUGCGCUUGCUGUCUCCUUUCUCCAGGAACCCCAGGAGGGGCUCACUGGACGGCUCAGACCACUUGAUUCAGGGCGCUCGCUGGGGUGCGGAAGCGGCUGCAGCACGAGCCCCUGCGCUGAUGAGGUUUAUCCCAGACCUGCCGGCGGCAGAAGACAGAGCACGGCCGCUCACCCCCCGGGAGACCGCGGAGGGCAAGCAGGGGGCUUCCCCGUGGCAAGAGCCGGGCCUGGGCCUCACCCGCGAGCCAACGGCCGCCCCUACGCGGGGCCUGGUCUCGGCCUCCUCGGGGGCCAUGGACUGACCGAGCGGACAAGCGGCUUCUCUCUCCCUCGAGGUGCCGGGCCUGACAGCCGUGCAGCCACCAUGCUGGCCCCGGGCAGCGGCCCCGAGCUGAGCACCUGGUUUGCCCCGCUGUGGAGGCAGAUCUCUUGGCUCACCUGUUGGAUCGCCCUGUGCACGGCGGAGGCUGCCCCCGCCUGCCCCCUGCCCUGCACGUGCGACGGCCACGGCCUGCAGGUGGACUGCAGCGGCCGGGGCCUCGCCGCGCUGCCCGCGGACCUGCCGGCCGCCACCCGCAGCCUGCUGCUCCUGAACAACAGGCUGAGCUCCCUGCCCGCCGGGGCCUUCGCCGGCCUGUCGGGCCUGCAGCGGCUGGACCUCUCCAACAACUUCCUGGACGGGCUGCCGCGCGCCGCCUUCGGGGGGCUGGCCAACCUGACGGAGCUGCAGCUGCGCAACAACAGCCUCCGUGCCCUGGACCGCGAGCUGCUGCGGCCCCUGGCGCGCCUGCGCCACCUCGACCUGUCCCUCAACGGCCUGGCCCGGCUCCCACCCGGCCUCUUUGACGGGCUCCCCGCCCUGCGCUCCCUGUUCCUGCGCGCCAACCGCCUGCAGAGCCUGGACCGGCGGACCUUCGAGCCCCUGGCCAGCCUGCAGCUGCUGCAGGUGGGGGACAACCCCUGGGAGUGCGACUGCCACCUGCGGGACUUCAAGCACUGGCUAGAGUGGUUCUCCUACCGAGGGGGGCGCCUGGAUCAGCUGGCCUGCACCCUGCCCAAGGAGCUGAGGGGGAAGGACAUGCGCGUGGUCCCCAUGGAGAUGUUCAACUACUGCUCCCAGCUGGAGGACCAGAGCAGCUCAGCCGGGCUGGAGGUCCCCGGGCCACCCUGCACCAAGGCCAGCCCGGAGCCUCCCAAGCCCAAGCCGGGCCCCGAGCCCGAGCCCGAGCCCAGCACCGCCUGCCCCCAGAAGCAGAGGCCCCGGCCCGUGAGCGUGCGGCGGGCCGUCGGCACCGUGAUCAUCGCGGGGGUGCUGUGCGGUGUGGUCUGCAUCAUGAUGGUGGUGGCCGCUGCCUACGGCUGCAUCUACGCCUCCCUCAUGGCCAAGUACCACCGGGAGCUCAGGAAGCGCCAGCCGCUGAUGGGCGACGCGGAGGGCGAGCACGAGGACCGGAAGCAGGUCUCCUCUGUGGCCUGAGAGCCCAGGGCGGGGCCGGGGGGCACGCCAGCCCCCCCCCGCCCCCUUCCCACCUUCCCCCCAGCCCCUGAUGGGUGAUGCGGAGGGCGGGCACGAGGACCGGAAGCAGGUCUCCUCUGUGGCCUGAGAGCCCAGGGCGGGGCCGGGGGGCACGCCAGCCCCCCUCCCGCCCCCUUCCCACCUUCCCCCCAGCCCGCCAGCAAACGGGCCCGUGUCUCCACGGACACCGGAGCGUCCGGAAGGUAUCAGUACACUGACGCUCCCCUCUGGACCACAAACGCUCUGGCCCACGGGCAGAAAAGAUGUGUGUGUGCGAGCAAAGACUCCUGGACCCAGCGCCCCCGUACCGCUGCGGCUCCCGGUACAGUCACAGCCGGUGACACCCCCCUCCUCUGGCUCAACCCACCUUAUCUGCGUCUGGGGGUGCGGGGCCGGUUUCUGCGACUCUCUUCUAAGCCAGGAAGAUGUUGGGCCCAGCUUCCGAUGGCUGGUACCACUGUGCAUUCAGCCCAGCCCAGCCAUCUGGACCAGCACUUGGCAACCCAGCACCACGCCCUCUCCAAAGCCAUCUGUCCCUGCACCACCAACCACCCGGCUCCGGGUCACUAAUCGUUCCCGCUCGAGCUCGGCAUCACACACACAGUCACUUAGGGACAGAGGUCGUGGGACCUCGGGGAGCGGAGCCAGGCGUCCCCCGUGGUCUCAGCCCUCGGGCCACACAACCUGCUGCUUGCUUAUGCAACCUCCUGCGGCGGAUGGGGAGAAACCCAAGCCCACGGCACGAGGAUUCCUUCCAGAUCCUCUCGAGAGGCCAAGGUGGUGCUGCCGGAUGAGACUGCCCGUCACCAUGGUAACCCACGCACACCUCUCCUGCUGGGAUUUCCAGGGACGCCUGCCCAGAGGCCUGGAAGAUGCAGCGUGUGUGAAUGGUGGCCUCCCGAGAGCCCGGCCACGCACCACCGGACUCAUCCUCCGCGCUGCCCAAGUACGUCCCCGCCAGGCCCCGUGGGGACGCGCACCGCUCCCACUCCCACAGCCUGCGGCCCGAGAACCGUUGCUCUGCACCUCCCACUGCCAUGCCCCACCCUCAGCAUCUCUGGGCCCGUGACCCCAGGGCGGGGACUGGCUCAUCCUCUGUGACCCUCCUGCCAGCAUAUACCAAACAGACCCCGGGAGCAGUGAAAGGACCCCCCCGUCCUGCUCAGAGGUCUCAGUAAUGGGGUCCUUUUCCCAGCGUUCUGUCAGCUCAGUCUGACUUCCCAGAGUCCUCGUGGCACCUGGACUGGGGCCCAAACCAGAGCAAGGGCCCAGGGGCCCAUCUGCUCGUUACCUGUAACCCGCCCCCCCAAAGGGACAGAGGCUGAGGGUGGGCGUGGGAGGGGGCAGUGCAGGGUGGGGUUCACCGGUCCCCUUUCCGAGGUCUGCCCUCCUGGGGAGUGCGAUCCCGGCGAGUCCUGGGCCUCGCUCUGCAGGACAUCAGCCUCCCCGCCGCUUACGGAGGGUCAGGUGGCAGGAGGCCGGUUUCUGGCUCUGCGACGGCUGCGAGUCUAGGGAGUGGCCCGGGGGAGGCCGUCAGAACAUGGUUCUGAGGCAGGACAGGGGUAGAGGGGGCCGGGUGCAGGCUGCCCACCGGGCUGGCCUGCAGUCUUCCUUCUUCUGGUGCCGGCUGACACCAGACCUGGGGAUUUUCUAAAGGGAGUCAGGGAAGGCUGGACGUUGUCAGUGGUGGUGUCUUUAGCCUAAGACAGAGAUUUUUAAAGGCAAAAUUAUAUUUCUGGUUUGUUGUUUCAGAUGACAAAUAAAGCCUGUAUUUUCCUAUCUA